UUCCCUUUGCUUACACAACACUGGGAGGUAGAAUAGCAGAAGAACUGAGGAAGGUGAAAAAUGGAAGUGGGCAACAAAUACGCAGUGAUAAAGCGUCACAUUGAAGGAGCACCAGGUUUAUCCAAUUUUGAAUUAAAAACUGAGGCUUUUUCUCUGUCAAUUGCGGCAGGAUCUGAUGACAUCAUAGUGAAGAAUCUGUAUAUCUCUGUUGACCCGUAUCAAAUUAACCGCAUGAAGAGCAAAAGCCCUUCCCAGAAUGUUAUAGCGAGCAUAAAUCCAGGAGAGCCAAUUAAAGGCGCUGUUAUUGGCAAAGUUGUGGCUUCUGGGAACGCUAAAUUUAAGAAGGAUGAUUUGGUUAUGGGAAGUUUCACUUGGGCAGAGUACAGUUUGGUUAGAGAAGGAAGCAUAAUAAACAAAAUAGAGUCGUCUGAAUUUCCACUCUCUUAUCAUCUUGGAGUUUUGGGGAUUAGUGGACUGACAGCCUAUGUUGGUCUUUUCGAAGUGUGCAGACCCCAAAAGGGUGAAAAGGUUUUUGUUUCAGCAGCCUCUGGAUCAGUUGGAAAUUUGGUAGGCCAAUUUGCAAAAGUUUUGGGUUGCUAUGUUGUUGGUUGUGCUGGCAGCCAAAAGAAGGUGGCAUUGCUCAAAGAAAAGCUAGGAUUUGAUGAGGCAUUCAACUACAAGGAAGAAACAGACCUCAAUUCCACUCUUACAAGGUACUUUCCUGAUGGAAUUGAUAUAUAUUUUGACAAUGUUGGGGGUGAGAUGUUAGAGGCAGCAGUUGCUAAUAUGAAAGCAUUUGGAAGAGUGGUUGCUUGUCGAGUAAUAUCUGAAUAUACUAAUGCUGGAAAGAGAGCAUCUCCAAACAUGCUGGAUAUUGUGUAUAAGAGAAUCACCAUCAAAGGAUUUUUAGUAUCUGACUUCAUCAAUUCUUUUCCUGAUUUUUUGGCAAAAGCAUCACAUUACCUUCGUACUGGCAAGUUAAAGGUUAUUGAAGACAUAUCAACGGGUGUGGAGAGCAUCCCUUCUGCUUUUGUUGCACUUUUCAAUGGCGAUAAUGUUGGAAAGAAAAUUGUAAAAUUAGCAGAAGAGUAAACAAGGAGUAAAACGGGUGAUGAGUAAUAAUAUCUAAAAUUUUAUUUAUUUCGUGUCUGCAAAUUAAA